GAGGACGCCAGCCAGUUAGUGUGCACACGGCAGUGGCCAGGAACGGAUGUGUAUACCCGCCUGCCAGGCCCUGAUAGCACCCGGCCCUGAGGCGCACAGGUAGUGCUCUUUUUUUAAUCUCGCGCGCGCAAGAAAAAAAUAUUAGUGUAAUUCUAGCUAAAUUACUUACAGAAAGUGGUUAUUUUCUAAUGGUGGUUUAUAAUCGUUCGCUCAUUUCAGCCAAGAGAUUUCUUUUUUCCCCCCAGUUAAGUGUGAUUAACAUAGAUAACGUUAGAUCAGCAUAAACAUUGAAUAAAAGUUCUGAUAUCAGACCUUGCAGUGUUACCAGAUCUGGAAUAGAAACGGUUCCAAGCACAAGAGAUUUCUGCAUCCCCAAGCACGACCAUGUAACUUUAUCUCCCAAAUAGUGAACAGACAAGACUUUUCAAACCCUCCGGAAACAGAGCGUCAUUAACCCGAUACAUCUUUUAACUGCAAAUUAAAGAAGAUCUUGAACUCGACGAAGAGCCCUGUGUGAGUGAAGUGAGAACACGGAAGUUGGACGUGUUUUGACAGCUGUCCUACAGGUCUUGAAGAGUGAAGAGAGCACCAAGUCAUUAUGGCACCGCAGCACCAAGCCUCUCACCCUGCGGCCACGGCCACGCCAUCAGCGCCUCCUCUGCCCUCGACUUCGUCUGCGGCCCAAGAGUGCCAAGAUGAUAUCAGCGUGGAGGAAGGUGGGGGGUGUGGCCAAGGCGUUACCUGUGGCGGGGAAAUUACCAGUGGCCCUCGUCUGGCCACCAGACAUGUCCUGGUCCUUUUAGGAUUCUUUGGCUUCGUCAACAUCUACAUGCUACAGCUGAAUCUGCUCGUGGCUCUUCCCGUCAUGGUCAACCACACUGCUAUCCACGGGCAGGACUUCUCAAUGAACAGCAUGGGAUUCCAGGCCAUCCUCAAGGAAUCGGUUUCUAGAGAGAACGAUCCCCCGGAUGAGAACGGAACUCUGUCCAAAGACAAAUCGCGAUCUCGCAAUGUCAUUGGUCAUGGAGACGUCCUCAGAGAUGACAGUUUACGGGACGAAUUCGUACUCGAUGAGGAGCUCGGACCACCACCUCGGGAAUCAGGUCGUCGCCGGCCUCACGUUCUUAGUGCCAGUCUAGUUCCUCCUGCGAUAAGGUACGGAGGAGAAUCGUCUUCCGAUCUCCUCGAGGAUAAGUUGAUAGAAGCUGAGAUGAAUAAAACUUUGGCAAACAUUCACAACGACACAGAUGGUGACACAACUACACUACAAUCUAACUAUGAUGAUGGCAUAACUACAUUUAUACCGAGCAUGACAGAAACCUUUGCUCCAGAUGACGAAUACACUACCAUUGUCAGCGAUGAUCCAUUUACGGAAAUGCCAAUGUCCUUUGACGAACAGGAUGAAUUUGAAACAGUACCCACUCAAAUCAUACCAGAUGAUGUGACAACUGUAGCUUUCGACGAGACAACCCUAAGAAAUUUUCCUGCUACUGAGAUCGGCCUCUCCACCUCUGACUCUCCAGCAGAUUCAGCCUCAGAGGUUAAUACGGCUAAUUCUGUAGAAAGUGUACUGAUCACUACUUUGAAAAAUGAAAUUACUGUAACCCCACCCCACCGGGAUUCAGUAUCUGUACUUGUUAACAAUGAAGGAAAUGCAGUAUCAGCUAAAAUGCCUGAAACGCUGACAUCCAACAGCCCUGAUAUGGUACUAACUCCACCGAUGCCCGGCCCGUCCUCGUCAUUUGGUACCACCGUUCCCGUGGGAACAACUGUUACAACUGCAUCACCAAACGACGCUGAACAUUUAACAACCUUUGGUCUACCGAAUAAAAAUGUUGCGAAGACAGAAAGAACAGAAGCAGCAACAAUGAUUACAACUCAGAAUCCAACUACAAUACAAGAUAAUAUGUCAGUGAAAUCCUCAUUAUCCCCAGGUACGUCGACAGUGGCUACAACUCCUAGCACGUAUUCAACAUAUAGCGUAACAUCAAACACACCCACUACAUCCAGCUCUUUUGUGGUUUCUGAACGUGAACCUAUCAGUACUCACAGCAAUCCAACAACGAAAACGACCAUUCCUGUAUCUCUCACUUCCGCUGUCACUCCUGAGCAAACCGUCGUGACAACCUUCCCUACUCCAAGGGCCAACGAUGCCGCGACCGAGGCAUCUGCUUCUGGUGCCAAUGUCAACAUCACAAGAACAGUUCCACAAAAUGUGAACAGGUCUUUCACAACAGUUCCAUUGCCAGCAAAGACAGAAAAUGUUGGCCGCAUGAAUGCUGCUGGAAACGGAACCUUGGAAAAUGUCCGACAAAAGCGGACUGUUGAUGACAAACAUCUUUUGUCUGAUAAUAACAGCAGCGAAGGAUGCGCACAGUUAGGGAAUUGUCAGAAUGGUAAAAAUGGAAGUACUGGCACACCUGAAAAGAAAGGAAAGCAAGAGGACAAGAAAAAGGAGGACGAAGGAGGUGAUAAUGAGGAAGAAGAGGAGGAAGAAGAGGAAGAAGAAAAAGAAGGAGAGGGAGAAGAGGAGGGAGAGGAAGAAGAAAAAGAAGGAGAGGGAGAGGAGGAGGAGGGAGAGGAAGAAGAAGGAGAGGAGGAGGAAGAAGAAGGAGAGGAGGGAGAGGACGAAGAAGAAGGAGAUGAAGAAGAUGAGGAGGAGGGGGAAGACGACGAUGACGAAGAGGAAGACGAUGAUGAUAACACCGACGAGGACAACAGCCUGGAAUGGCUGUUGGGCAAAGACUGGAGCUCGGGCAACGGGACCAGCAAUUCCAGCGAGUCUUCCAGCAGCAGCGAGUCGUCGUCCAGCGACGAAUCGAACGAGUACUACCUGCAGGGGAUCUCGAACAGCAGCAACGAGGCCAGGGAGUGGUUCUCGCUGGAAGUCGACGACCUCAACUUCUUCGGCAACGACUCUUGGGAGGUCGUCGAUGGCCGCAUGUCCAGGAGGGUCAACGAAUCGCUGAGGAGAGAUUUCGAAGAGGAUGGCAGCAGCAGUAGCAGUAGCAGUAGCAGUAGCAGCGAGGAGGGCUCUGACUAUGACGACGACGACGAUGAUGACGACGAUGACGAUGACGAUGACGAUGAAGACGAAGACGAUGAAGAGGAGGGAGAAUCAGAGGAGUCUAAGGAGAAAAACAAACCCAAGAAGAACGCGAAUGGCGAGAUCGCGUUGCCCAACCAGAAAUACCCAUCGACCGUCUGCUUCGAACCCAGAAUGGUGGAGAAACCAGUGCCCACAGUGGACGGAGAAUUCGUUUGGGCCGCUGACCUGCAGGAGAGACUUCGUUCAGCUUUCUCGUGGGGCUUCAUACUGACGCAGCUCGUUGGAGGACGCCUUGCAGGUAUCCUUGGAGGGAAAGUGCUGUUGCUUCUGGGUGUCCUGUCUGCUGCCCUUCUCACCAUCUUGACACCAGCUGCGUCGCAAAUUGGUCCUUACUGGCUUUUGGCCAUCCGCAUUAUGAUCGGAGCUGCUCAGGGUGUCUGCGUCCCAGCUAUGCAGUGUUUGUUGGCACAAUGGGCUCCUCCUCUAGAGAGAACCAUAAUGAUAGCCUUUACAUAUUCAGGUCUCAUCGUUGGAGCAGCUCUUGGAGGCCCUGUAUCUGAGUGGGCUGUCCUCGUGAUCGGAUGGCGCGCCCUGUUUUACUUCCAGGGUGUACUGGCGCUGGUCUUUUGCAUCUUGUGGCAGGUGCUGAUCUCCGAAAAUCCCUCUAAACUCUCCACCAUCACGUCCCAGGAGAGGAACCAGAUCACAGCAGCCAUCGGGGCCUCACACGCAGGUCGGGGUUUGCCUAUCCCAUGGCCACAUAUUUUCAGAUCUCGACAUGUGCUAGCCAUCGUGUUAGCUGAGACUGGGAUCUCCUGGGCGAGGUUCACGCUGUUGCAUCACGCUAGGGAAUUUGCCGUGACAGUCCUCCACAUACCAUCACAUCAGGUCAGAGUAACCUGGGGAACAGCCUUGUUUGCCACAUGGAUAAUAGCCAUCGUCUAUGCAGUUGCUGCUGACUGGGUCAGGAGAACUCACAGACAAUCUACCGAUGUCGUUCGCCGAACCGCCAUUGCAAUAUGUGCACUGCUGACAGCCAGCUGCCUCGUGGGGAUCGCACAGUCGAGCUGCCGACAGUUAGCACUGUUGGUGUGGAGCUCCAUGGCACUAGUCCUGGGCAUAGCUGCCUCAUUUUCGACUUACUACGUCAACACGGUCGAAUUAGCACCAAACCACGCAGCUGCCAUAGCUGGUCUGAGUGGCACCUUCGGAGCUGCCGUCAGUAUUCUGUCACCUCUCUAUGUCGGAUACCUCACAGAAGGACAGGCAACACUUGAGAGAUGGCGAAUGGUGUGGUACACGGGUGCCAUUAUCCUCAUUCUCACCAGUUGUCUUAACUUCCUGAUGUCCACGUCGAAAGAGCAGGUCUGGAACAGACCAGUGGCAGUGCCCGUGUAUCCCAAGUCAGACACAUCCCGCCUCGUUCAGAGGAGGGCCCGCAAUUCCCCUCCACCACAAGCAGGACCCUCCAGAGGCCACAAGAACGAAGGAUUCGUGUUCACCGAAGGACUCUAAUAUACCUUUACGGUUGGAGAACUUUGAUGCCUCUACUCCUCUUUUUGGGUAGGAACCGUUCUUUCAGGAAGCGUGGCUUCCCAACUGUUUUGAUUCCUACUGCGUCCGAAGGAUGAUGGAUUCAUUUGGUGGAGAAAUCAUAUUUCCUGAAGAACGUUUUCUACCCGUAUAAAGAUUCUCAGAUACCUUUGUCCCAAGAAGGACAUCUCAGGGAUCAGAACCGCGGCGUGAUGACGCACGGUACCAGUAUCGGCUAUGUUAUCUUCGUCAGGAGAAGGACCGACUCCUUCUCCCUCUGUUCCCUAGUCCGCUCCGACGUCAUGGGAUCGAAGAUGAUGAUGAUUGUGUGAAAGGAUUUCAUGAUUCCUAAUGACUACGCCAACUCAUCCUGCCAUAUUGAAGUGUUGUUCUAGUGGAGAACUGCUGCCAGGAUAUCCUUCGUGGACGAAACCAGAGAACUUACUCCAUUCGCGGCUAGACAGCCUGCGUAUGGUACUAAACUGUGAUUGUAUUUUUGCCUGUAUAUGACUGUUAUAUAGGUAUAUUUAAGCAUCUGUACAGAAGUUAUGCCAUAAUCACGACAUUGUGAAGAGAUUUUCAAGUAAUACACUUUAUACUCUGUCUUGGAAACCUCACAGCAAGUCAGAUCGUAAUCGUAUCUUCAUUCAACAAGAAAGACUCUCACUCAUGAAAAUCACUCGGUCUUACAUAUCAUCAUUACUCUAAUAUCAACUUAAUUUCCAUUUCGAAAACUGUCAUUUAACACAUUACAUAAAACCUCUUUAUUUCCUGUAAGUCGAUGAUAUAAGAUUAACCUGAAGCAGUUGGUUUUUUAUUAUCGGAUGCCAACAAGUAGAUUGGUGAUGAUUUUGAUUUUGGGUUAUUUUGCGAUCAUCUUUCGUUUUCGCUUUUCGUAUUCCCCUUUUGUCUGGCUGUAAGAGCCUUGAUGUUGUUGAAAAAGUCCCCAAAUGAUGUAUAACUUUGAACAUUGGUAUUCAUCACUGUAACAGAAUCAUCCGAUCUUAAUGACACUGUACGUACUACAUGGUCUCUCAAAUGUCAUUCGGUGCUCGGAUGCCGAAAGAGCUUUUGAAAUCAGAACUCCUUUAUUUAAGCGUAGAUUUAUUGUACAUAGAACAUACAAAUCAUAAUUAUAUUAUACUGACUAAACAAUAAAAAGAUAUUCGGUC